AAAUUAUCAGUCGGCCGUGCACGGUUUGAAGUGAUCUAGUUCGUCAGACAAACACAGACCACGUUCACAAUGAAAUCGCUGGUGGUGUUCUUCGCUCUCGCCUCCGUGGCUUGCGGCUCCUACAUCCCCCUGGCGCAGCCCGCGCACCACCCCGCCAUCGUGCUGGACCCUCACGGCCGUCCCUUGGACACCGCUGAAGUCAUCAACGCCCGCGCCGUCCACCUCCAAGCCAAGGCCCUGGAACCCGCCCACUACGGACACGCCGCCGUCGCCGUCGCUCCCAUCGCGCACUCUGCUGUAGUCGCCGCUCCCGCUGUGGUCGCUGCUCCCGCUGUGUACGCCGCCCCCGCCGCCGCCGUGUCCCACCAGUCCCGUGUUGAUGUGCGCACCAGCCCCGCCGUCAUCGCUCACGCCGCUCCCGUCGUAGCUCACGCCGCUCCCGUCUGGGGCGCUCACGCCGCUUCCGCCUGGGGCGCUCACGCCGCUGCUCCUUGGGCUGGAGCCGGACACUACCUGCACAAGCGUUCCUUGGGACACGCCUGGGCCGCUCCCCUCAUCGCUCCCGCCGCGGUCUCCCACCAGUCCCGCGUGGACGUCGUGUCCAGCCCCGCCGUGUACUCCCACGCUGUGGCCGCGCCCGUGGUCGCGCACGCCGCUCCUCUGGUCGCGCACGCCGCGCCCGUGGUCGUCGCCCCCGCCGCGGUGUCGCACCAGUCCCGCGUGGACGUGCGCACCAGCCCCGCUAUCUCCGUGGUCGCCCCCGUAGCGCACAGCUACGUCGCCGCCGCUCCCCUCAUCCACGCCGCUCCCCUGGCGCAUGCCGCUCCCCUUGCUCAUGGCUACCAUGGUUGGUAAAGAGCAGAUCUGACGAAUACCUAUUUAAUGCAAUAUUAAAAAUAAUAAAAAAAAAUAUUUAAUUUAAAUAUAAAUUAAGAAAAUA